AUGGCCACAAAAACACUCGCAUACCAGCCCGGCCAUGAGACCGCGUCUGACGGCGACGUCGAAAGCGUCAGCAAGCCCGUCGACCUUCACGAGGCGAUCAAGCCGACCUGGAAGGGCCGAAUCUGGGACACAUUCGACCUCCCCAGGGAUGAGCGCCGGCUGCUCUUCAAGGUCGACGCGCUGAUCCUCACCUUUGCUUCGCUGGGCUACUUCUUGAAGAAUCUUGACCAAUCGAACAUCAACAAUGCCUUUCUCUCAGGCAUGCAAGAAGAUCUGGGGAUGUACGGUAACGAGCUCGUCACGGCGGUGUCGAUCUGGACCGUGGGCUAUGUGAUCGGCCAGAUUCCCUCCAACCUGCUGCUCACGCGAGUAUCGCCGCGGUACGUCAUCCCCGCCCUGGAGUUUGGCUGGGGUAUCGCCACGCUGGGCUCGUAUGGCGUCAAGUCAUACAAAGCUCUGUAUGCCCUCCGCUUCUUGGUGGGCCUGUUCGAGUCGGGCUUCUACCCGGGCAUCCACUACCUCCUCGGCGGCUGGUACACGCCGCGCGAGAUCGGCAAGCGUGCCAUGAUCUUCUGGCUGGCCGGCUCCCUCGGCUCCAUGUUCUCGGGCUUCCUCCAGGCCGCAGCGUACACGAACCUCAGCGGCGUACACGGUCUCGCGGGUUGGCGUUGGCUCUUCAUCAUCGACGCGAUCAUCACGCUGCCCAUCGCGCUGUUCGGCUUCUUCUUCCUACCUGGUCUUCCGCUCCAGGACAAGAAGGAGUGGUGGCUCACAGAGGAGGAGAACGAACUUGCCAUUGCUCGUCUCAAGCGCAUCGGACGUGCGGGUCGUCGGCCUUGGACCAGGGCUAGGAUUAAGGAGCUGUUCUCGACUUGGCACAUCUACAUCCUGCCCCUCCAGUAUGUCAUCUGGAACAACGGUGGUAUCCAGCAGCCCAUGGGAUACUACCUCAAGAGCUUCAACAAGAAGCCUGCGCCAGUCCCUGGUCGUCACUAUACUGUGCCCCAGAUCAACAACUUGCCCCUCGUUGCGACUGGUAUCUUCAUUGUCGUGUCGCUGUUCUAUGCCUGGCUGUCUGAUGGACCGCUAAAGGGACGCCGUUGGCCGUUCAUGUACAUCGGCGCGUUCUUCUUGCUCGGCAUCGCCAUCCCGCUUCGCAUCAUCCCACUCUACGAGAACAUUGAAGCCCACUUUGCCCUUUACUGGCUCACCUCGGCGGCGUCGGGUGCUGGCCCGCUUAUCCUGGCGUGGAUCAAUGAAAUUAACCAGCACGAUACCGAGAAGCGCGCUCUGCUCGUGGCGAUGGGCAACGACCUGGCAUAUGUUGUCCAGGCGGUGGGUCCCAACUUCUACUGGAAGACGACGUGA